GAAGGGGUGCGCGCGCGCUCGUGUAUGUGUGUGUGAAACAGAGCGGAGGUGAAGAAGAGGAGGAUGAAGCAGGGAGCGGAGGAUGGGAGGAAGAGUGGAGUGAGAGAGAGAGAAAGAGAGAGAUAGGCUGGCUAUCAAGGGCUCGUGUCAAGUGUGAAUGUCUGAGAGGGGCUUCGAUGGGAGUUUUAUCGCAGCGCCGAAACAAAGACGCGAUUUUUUUACCAUCCGGAGUAACAUUGUAGCGGAAACUUUAAACUUUUACCCGCCAGAGCGGCAGCGCCGUGCCGGGUCCCGGCUUUGUCUCGCGACGGGGGGAAGUACGCCAGCGCACGCGAGGAUCAAAAGAACCAGCACCAGUUUUGGAUACACGUUUUGUCCACGCGACGAGGGAAUCCGUGAUUCGUGUGUUUGUUUAGGAGAGUGAGAGAAUGGCGGCCAACAUGUACCGAGUUGGAGAUUAUGUGUAUUUUGAAAACUCCUCCAGUAACCCAUAUCUGAUCCGCCGAAUAGAAGAACUUAACAAGACUGCCAAUGGAAAUGUAGAAGCCAAGGUGGUCUGUCUCUUCAGGCGGAGAGAUAUAUCUGCCAACCUCAACACUUUGGCCGAUAGCAAUGCAAGAGACUUUGAAGAGGAGUCCAAGCAGCCUUCAACCUCAGAACCGCAGAAACACCAGCUUAAGCACAGAGAACUGUUCCUGUCUCGACAGUUCGAGUCUCUCCCAGCCACGCACAUACGAGGAAAAUGCAACGUCACACUUUUGAAUGAGACUGAUGUUUUAACUGGCUACUUAGAGAGAGAGGACUGUUUCUUCUACUCUCUGGUGUUUGACCCAGUGCAGAAGACCCUGCUGGCUGACCAGGGGGAGAUCAGAGUGGGCUCCAAAUACCAGGCAGAGAUCCCUGACAAACUGGCUGAAGUUGAAUUAGACAGUCGAGUGCAGGAGAAGCUUGAGACAAAGGUUUGGGAUCCUGAUAACCAGCUGAAGGAUCCGCAGAUAGACCAAUUCCUGGUAGUGGCACGGGCCGUUGGUACAUUUGCACGUGCACUAGACUGCAGCAGUUCAAUCCGCCAACCCAGUCUGCACAUGAGCGCAGCGGCUGCAUCUAGAGACAUCACACUGUUCCACGCCAUGGACACUCUUCAGAAGAACGGCUACGACCUGGCCAAGGCCAUGUCCACGCUGGUGCCGCAGGGUGGCCCGGUGCUGUGCAGGGACGAGAUGGAGGAGUGGAGCGCUUCAGAAGCCAUGCUGUUCGAGGAGGCUCUGGAGAAAUACGGCAAAGACUUCAAUGACAUUCGCCAAGACUUUUUGCCCUGGAAGUCAUUAGCUAGUGUGGUCCAAUUCUACUACAUGUGGAAGACUACUGACCGUUACAUUCAGCAGAAAAGACUAAAGGCAGCAGAGGCGGACAGCAAGCUGAAGCAGGUGUACAUCCCCACCUACACCAAGCCCAACCCCAAUCAGAUCAUGGCACCUGGAAAUAAGCCGGGCAUAAAUGGUGCCACAGGCUACCAGAAAGGCCUCAGUUGUGAAAGCUGCCAUACUGCCCAGUCUCAGCAGUGGUAUGCAUGGGGCCCUCCCAACAUGCAGUGCAGACUCUGUGCUUCCUGUUGGAUUUACUGGAAGAAGUAUGGCGGUCUUAAGACCCCCACUCAACUAGAGGGCGCCACAAGAACUGGCUCAGAUGCAGCUCCACGUGGUCACAUGACCCGCCAGGAGGUACAGGGCAUGUCCCCGUUUACCAGCAGCGCGGGAAGAGCUAAACUUCUGGCUAAAAAUCGGCAGACCUUCAUCCUGCAGACCACCAAACUCACUCGAAUCGCCCGUCGGGUGUGCCAGGACAUCCUGCAGUCCCGCCGAGCAGCCCGUCGCCCCUACGCUUCCAUUAACUCCAAUGCUGUCAAAGCAGAGUGUAUGAUAAGACUUCCUAAAGCAGCAAAGAGUGCUAUGAAGAACCGCACUAUUCCUCGACCGUCCCUCAUCAAUAUAGUUAAAGAAUUGGCUAUCCAAGCUCCUUUGAAACUCAAAGCACCUCGAGGUGCUCCAACACCAAUCAACCGUAACCAGGUCAACCAACCUCGAAGCGCAUCCGCCCUACUGGGCAAGAGGCCCUUCGACAACGCUGGAGGUCAUUCUUUCUCCACCAAUGGAAGGCCGUUCGCAUCGGGAAUGAGAGCAGCCAACCAGUCAGUCAUUAAGAGGCAGAAGGUCAGUCAAGGAGAUGCUCCAAAUCCUGUGGUGUUUGUGGCUACGAAAGACACCAGAGCCCUGAGGAAACACCUCACUCAGGCGGAAAUGAGGCGGGCGGCCAGAAAACCACACCUUCCGGUCAGAGUCAAACUUCCCGUGCCGCCCCGGCCACUUCCCGUACCCAUCUUACCUUCCAGCACCAGUGAGCCAAUUGUGUUGGAGGACUGAGCGAUGUUCCAGUAGACCACAUCCAUUGCCAGAGCAUGUUAAACCCACCAAUCAUCAGCUGUUCUUCCUCAUUCCUCGUCUUCUGUUGUCCCCCCCUGGAAUCCCACAACCGCGCUCACGGGAAAAUGGCGUACCGCAUACUCUUACACCAGCAUACACCAGAAUUCAUAGCGUUUUACUCCCAGUGUUAAAGUUUAAGGGUUCGACGCCCUGCUGUCCCGUUGCUUUUUUUUAAUCGCAAAUUCUUUUAACUGUGUAAUUUAAAGUGAAUCAUGUUCCUUCUAAGAUGGUGUAAAAGCACACUUUAUUUUUCUCCGUCGUUAUUUGUACAAAUAUUAACAAGAUUUCUCAAGAGUUUGAUUCUUGUGUGUUUGGAAAGUGGGAUUGAAAUGUGUCGGGGAGUAUGUGGUCUUUUUACUUAAUUUCUUAGGUCGUCCGUGUUAAAAACAAAAAUCGCCCCUUUUCACGCUAAAUAGACAAAUAAAUGACUGCGCUGCUCCUUUUAUUUCAGCCUUUCAGGCCUAGCUGAAUUGUGAAAGAUGGAAGGCGUUACAGCAAAAGUAUUACCCGCUAUACAACGGAUCUGCUGUCGGGUUGGUGUUCAUUGAUCGCGACCUGGUUUUUCAGAAAAAUAUUGUUUAUUGGGAUUAUGGAUGCUAAAAUCCUGCAGUGUAGCUACUCCAGUCAGUGAUAUUUGAAGGUCUUGUAGGAUUCUACAGGUUUGAUGAUUUAGAAAGGCUUCUGGUUUUAGUCAAGUGUUGAAGGUGUUCAUGAAUGUAAGGCGAAUCUAGGUUUGAGGUGGUUGGAUGUUGCAGUCGGUUUCCUCAAUAAUUGAGCUUUUUCCAUCAACGACUUGAAGAAAGCCAUAAAAAUUUGUUUUCCACUUCUGCUCUUUUUCCAAACAUGUUAACGCACUAGCAUUUGUGUUAUAAUGGUCUUGUGGGCUACUGGGAAGCUAAUUAUAGCAAUUGUAGAUAAUGAGAGAGGGAAAAGAUGUUUUUGAGUUUUUCUAGUAAUGACUCGAUAUAGGCUGAUGUUGAUUCAUACUUGUCCCAACCCCCAUAUGAGUUUUUUUGUUUUUUUUGUAAACUGGAUCUGGUGAGAGAUAGAAAAGCUGUUUUGAGGUUUCCUUGUCAUGGCUCAACUAUACGGUAAUAUUGAUGCAUAUUUCCGCCUUAUGAUUAAGCUUUUUUCUUUUUUUUUUUUUUUUUAGCUGAACGGUUGGGCAUUUUGACAGAUUUCCUGGUUUGCUGAGGUUCAUCAACACAAAAUUUCAUUGUAAAUUGUUCCCCCCAUUAGGGGUUUUGUAAUGUUUCUUAAACAAAUGGAGCGUGCACUGCACACUAAAGACACAAAUAAAUGUUGACGUCCCCUUUUAAGUGUCACCAGUUUUUUUUAUGAAGGGGGUUUGUGACCCUACAAUAUUUUGGCAAAGUGUGGGAAAAAAAAAAAAAAACAUUGAUCUCCAUAAUGGGAAAAGUUGGGGAGGGAAGACUGGUUGAUUUUAGGGUUUGAUUCAAGGGUGUGAAGGAUUUCAAGUUUCUUUCAACUCACAACUCAAACUUUUUUUAAUAUUCCAGUGUCUCUGUAUCCUUUAAUGUAUCUUGUGAUAAGAAAAUAAAGAUUUUUUUUUGUUUGUGGUCCUAAA